AGUGCUGCGGGUUCUCUGAGGGGUCUGAGUUCUUCAGCCAUUUAAGAGACUCACCUCUUUUCAUUUGUGCUAAAUCAUUUCAAUGGACUUCCUGAGAGCCAAGGAGGGCCAACCUGUAGGGCGAAGGAGGAGCUGGAUGUUAGGCAUCUUCUAGGGGGCUCUUCUUGCUAGUAGUAUGAAACAGCGACAAAAGAGGAAACAUUUGGAAAAUGACGAGUCCCAGGAAACUGACGAGAAGGGAGGAGGAAUCUCGAAGUCACAAAAGGAUGCCCUUCAGCUUGGAUCGACCGAGGUGGCCAAAGACUGUGACCCAGGGGUAGGGGAGAUCUCCUCUGCCUCUGAAUACUUCACCUGUGUUUCUUCUCCUCUCAAGCUCAUCCAUAAUGGAAUCCGGAGAUUACAUCAAGACAGUGCCCAGCUUAGAUCAACCCUAAACCAGAUUAAGGAACAAGAGGAGACUGUUCCCCUCUUACCACAUGUCUCCUUAUCGUCCCCUUCAUCCUAUAAGUCCUGUGUGAUCUCGCAGUAUAUAAACAAAGAGGAAAGGGGUAUGAAAAUAUACUACAUGCAAGUACAAGUGAAAAAGGGUGUGGCUAUCUCCUGGGAGACAGAGGAAACCUCAGAGUCACUAAAAAAGAAGCCGAGGAUGGAAGAAGUGAAACUUCCUGAGGACGUGCGGGUAGAUACGCCCCCCUCUGAUGUGUCCACCAGAAAACUCCUAUCUGAGCCCAGCAGGGAGGUGAAAGAGCAUGAAGAACGAGCAGAGUCAGACGGCCCACCAGGGUUGCCCACAAUUGAGGAGAGACCCAGGGCCAAGACACCUGACUGGUUGGUUACUAUGGAGACUGGCUUCAGGUGCAUGGCCUGCUGCCGGGUCUUCCCCACCUUGGAAAUCCUUAAGGAGCAUGUGCAGUUCGGGAUCAGGGAGGGCUUCAGCUGUCACGUCUUUCAUCUCACCAUGGCUCAGCUGAGAAGCAAUGUGGAAUCAGAGAGCAUCCGGGAGAAGAAGGAGGAGGAGGUGAAGAAGGUUAGAAAGGAAGAGAAACAAGAAGAAAAACAGAACGAGGAGGAGCAGCCCACAGGCAACUGAGACUCCUGGGCCAGAAGAUCCUGGAAGACGGUGUGGCCUCCUCUUGGGAGAGGGAGAAGAUAGGACCCUGGAGAUAGUAGCAGACAGAAUGCCAGUGGUAUGAAGGAAGAUGAAGGGACCAGUACUCAAUCUAAUACAUAAACAUCAUAUGUAAUAAAGGCUGUUUUGCAAAACUUU